GGGCGGCCCUUAGGCAGGGAGGAGCCUCAAGCGGCGGCAGCAGAGGCAGAGGCAGAGGCGGCGAUGGCCCAGGCCAAGAGCGGCGGCUCCAAAAGCCUCGCCUCGGAGCCCGGAGGGGGAGUGCCGCCUCGCCGAGGCCGUUUCUUUCGCUCCACUUCCAUGGCCGACCGCUCCAGCCGCCUCCUGGAGAGCCUCGACCAGCUGGAGCUCAGGGUGGAAGCUUUGCGUGAUGCAGCAUCUUCAAUGGAGCAAGAGAAAGAAAGCCUUCUGGAAAUGAUCCAUAAUGUACAAAACAGCCAGGAUAUGAGGAGCAUCAGUGAAGGAGAAAGAGAAGAACUCAGUCUGACAGCUAAACGCCUGAUGGGAAGAACCCUCACAGUUGAAGUUUCUGUCGAAACCAUCCGAAACCCGCAACAACAGGAAUCCCUGUUUCAUGCCACACAGAUGAUUGAUGACAUUGUCGGUAAACUUGUGGAUGAUUUGGAAGACUCUAAGAAUCGUUUGAUGUCACUUUAUGGCGCAUGUUUAUCUGAAGUGCCCCCUGGACCCGUGAAUCAAAGAUUCCAGUCUGUUGUCAUUGGAUGUGCUAUAGAAGAUCAGAAGAAAAUCAAAAGGCGGCUAGAGACCCUGCUUAGGAAUAUAGAAAACUCUGAAAAAUCCAUCAUGUUACUCGAGCAUCAGAAGGCAACAGCAAAGCAGUUCUGCAACAAUGGAGAAGAGUAAAAAUCAUGGAAUACUACUGUGAAAAUGAAUGCCUCCAUUAAUUAUGCAAAAGCAAAGCCAAAAAAAUUAGCUUGAUGCAAAUGUUAAACUUAUAGGGCUUGUUAGUGCAGACCCAAUAAUGGUGGCCAUUUAACCCAUUCUUAGUCCUUUAGGGCACUAAGAGGCAUAGCUAGAAGAAUGAUGGGAAAGGAUCCUGAAAGUAAAACAUGUCCCUGCUUCUUCAACAUAUAAGAUCACCAGUUCAAAAGUGUGCUUAUAUGAAACAUCCUGUGGCAACUGUAGGAUCCAUAGAACUGUAUAGACAUUAAGUAGUAUUAUUCUAUGGCUUUUGUUCCUUUCAACAGGGUUACUCAUUUGUUCUGCUCAGUGUAGGGAAUAUUAACAAAAUUAAUAAGUAUCUACAGUUCAAUUUCAGAAUUAACAGUGAAUGUAACUGAAUAUUUCUUAACAGUAUGCUGUUUGCUCCCAUGUUAGUAGCUAUUUUAAUACUUUUUAAAUAAUCUGUUAUUUCCAAAUGAUAGAAACUCAUUGGCAAUUCUUUGGGUACCUUUCAGUUCUUGAAAUAAUGUCAUUCUCAUUUGUUAUGUAAAAGAAAUGCAUCUUGCACGUGUCUCCCUUGUCCCUCUUGGGGAGUGACCCUACUCUUGCGAGAUCAUGGGGUGGGAUUGCUAUAAUAGAUGUGGAGCGGGGAAAAGCUGAUUUUCCAUGCUCCAGAUUUAUAAAUAAAAGUUUACACUCUACACUGCUUGUACUUCAAAACCCCUCUUUCAGAUUAAAGUCACACUAGCAUAUAUACUCAGCAUUGAAUCAACCCUGGUGAUCAAUGGGGUGACAGAUGUCUCAGCCAGAUCGCCCUCACAUCCGGAUGUGAGGAUAGCAUUGCCUAGGUGUCUCUUCCUUAUUUCCUAUUCCCUUUUUCUUUCCUCCCUCAUACUCUUUUCCUUCCCUUUCUGUUCCUUCCUUCCCUCCCUUCCUUCCCUUUUCUUCAUACACAUCACAAUUGCAGCAGCCAAUCAGAAUUCACUCCCUUUUUCCCCAGUCAUGUAACAGAGGGCCACUUCACUUAGUCACAGCCAAUCCACUUUGCUCCUUUUCUUUCCUUCUGCUCCAGUUCAAACUCCUCAAUUAUUUUAGGUUGGGGAAUGAAGGGUAUGUGUGCCAAGUUUGGUCCAGAUCCAAUGUAGGAACAUUUGUAAUACAAACAGGCAGGGCUGUAGCCAGGGUGUGUGUGUUAAAAAUUCAACACCCCCCCCCCCCCCCCCGGAAUGUUUCAGGUUAAAAUAAAAACCUGGUUUACACACAAAUUGGUUAACCAGUUAAAAUUCAUGAGUAAACCAGGUUCGGGGGGGGGGGGUUUGAAUCCUUUUGGAGGGGUCGGACCCUUAAACCUCCUGGCUACGGCCCUGCAAACGGCCAAAGCAGUGUACAUGCAGACAUACAUUACAUACUUUGACUUUUAUAUAUAUAGAUGGUAACAAUGGCCUUAAUUUCUAAAGGAAGGUAAGGAAAUGGUAAAAGUUUUUCCCUGACAUGGGGGUUGGUGCUCAUCUCCAUUUCUAAGCCAAAGAGCUAACAUCUGUAGACACCUCCAAGGUCACGUGGCUGCUAUGACUGCAUGGAGCAUAAAAUAAAUUAUAAGCCACUCUUUACUAGCCUGUAUUUUAGUUGUAUUCCAAGUAUUCUCUCUGUGCAGGAAAAAAUAUUAAUUCACAGUCAUACUCAUGGGCACACAAGAAAGGCAGGUCCCCAGCUCCCCUUUAUUCCUUUUUUAUUCAUUUUCCAAAUUACCUUCUUAGCAAAUUUUCUAAUCAAUCCAAACACUUUCCUCUAUCUCUAGAGCACGGCUUCUUAAACUGUACGUCCCAACCCCAAGUGGCCGCCUUAGCUCAUUGCUGGGGUCCCGCAAAAAUUGGCACAGAAAAAGGUUUCAGAACGCCACCCAUUUUACACAGAUCUGUUAACAACAAUAUGCAGUGUUUAUAGUGAACGCUGCAGAAACUGCUUCAGCUGUACUCCACAAAAAGGAAAAUCAGUGUUUAUCAAGCCUUGCAAAUGCUGAUUGUCAGUAAAUGUUUGAUUUUUAUGCCUAUUUUAUAUACCUAUAUAUCUGGGGUUGUGUAAAAAUUUCUCAGGUGGAAAGGAGGGGUCACAAGUGGAAAGAAGCAUAGUUUUAGAAGAAUCCCCUCACUGGAUAUUUUUCAAUUCUGUAUACUGGAAAGGUGCAAGUUAAGUAGGUAGGUGCAUUACUUGCUACUUACAGAUUUGAAUACACUAUUCUGUACACAUUGCACUAGAAGUACAUAAGAGAAAUAUAAUGGCAAAUAUAGAAAAAUGUAGAGUAGCAGUUUUGAUUAUACAAUUAUCUUUUCUCCAUUCCUGGUUAAUUUACAUGUUGAACUGACACUAUUAGGAAAAAUAAAUUCAGGGUGUUAAAUUGA